GAACAAAAUUUGAAUGUUUUAAUAUUGUAUUUAAACAUUCAAUUAGAAAAUUAAAGUUAUUUGAAUUAAAAAUGUUGUGAAGAUUAAAUAAUUAAGAUCAGUAGUAAUGUCUUUAUAUUUUCGCCCUUUUACUAGAUUUAGUAUUUUACGAAUUUCUCAUUGUAGAAUUAUAAAUGAACAAGUUGCAUAUGCUCGAUAUUUUAAGAAAAGUCUUGUUUCUGUAGUACAUCCCAGAACUAGGUACUUUCAUAAUGAUAGCGACCAAGUAAUUGAAUUAAAUUACUCUGAUGUUGAGCCAGUUCAAAUACCAAUCCAAAAUGAAUUAAAUGAUUUAAGAAUUGAAUCAAAACUUCCAGAUGACUCGCAAGUGGUUAUCAAAUGUAAACGUAAAAAAUUGAAUCAUGAAAGAAAUCAGAAAUAUGACCAAUUUAAAGAAAUUCCAUUAGCAUCUAAAGGGUGGAAAGAUAAAAAAUCCAAAGAUGACCAUUUCACUAUUCAAAUUUACAGUGAUAAUUACUUGCCCAAUUCCAGAAAACCUGAAUAUGAUUUCAAUAGCACAGGUUUAAGUCCACAAAUUAUUGACAUAUUACAUAAACAUAAAAUUUCUGUCCCAUCACAAAUACAAACUCUUGGUAUUCCUGAAAUAAUCAAAGGAAAAAAUACCUUACUUGCUGCUGAAACAGGUUGUGGAAAAACGUUUGCAUAUUUAGCACCAAUAAUCCAAUCUAUUAUAGCAUACAAAGAAAGAACAUCAUUUAAGGAUAAAUUUAAUUGUCCUUUGGCUUUAGUUAUUGUACCAGGGAGGGAACUAGCUGAUCAAAUUGGAGAGUUUGCUAAUUGGUUUGCUGAAGAUAUACCAUUAAAAAUAAAAGUGAUAACUGGAGGUCAUACUAAAAGGCUUAUCGUAAAUCCAACUUUUGAAGAAACUGAUCUGAUUAUUGCUACUAUUGGAGCACUUAGCAAGUUGACUACAACUGGAAUAUAUUCAAUGCGUUAUGUUCGUCAUAUAGUACUUGAUGAAGCAGAUACACUAAUGGAUGAUAGUUUCAAUGAAUUAAUGACACAUUUUUUAAAACGGUUUCAUUUUAAAGGUAGAGAUGAUCACAAUACAGAUUUAACUCAAAUGAUUCUGGUCAGUGCUACAAUGCCAACUAGUCUUGCUGAUAUUUUAGGAGAAAUAAUUGAUGUUGAUAAUAUAAGUAAAGUAAAGACUGAUAAACUACAUGCCAUUUUACCACAUAUUCAACAAAAGUUUAUAAAAACAAAUCGAAGUGAAAAACCUUCUCAUUUAUUAUUACUGACCAAAAAAUUAAAUAAAAGCAAUACACCAACUAUUGUAUUUUGUAACAGAUCAAAUACUUGUGAUUGGGCAACAAUGUUUUUAAAUGAAAAUGGAAUUAGUUCUGUAAAUUUACAUGGUGAUAUGUUAUAUAAAAUUAGAAUUGGUAAAUUUAAACAGUAUCAAAAUGGUGAAGUGAAUGUCUUAGUUUGUACCGACAUAGGAUCUAGAGGGCUUAAUACAAUAAGAACUAAACAUGUUAUUAACUAUGAAUUUCCAUUAUACAUUGCUGAUUAUAUUCAUCGAUGUGGUCGUACUGGUCGCAUGAAUACAGGUUUUGAUGGAAAAGUAACAAAUUUUAUAAGUGGAGAAAAUGAAGUUGAUUUAGUUCAAAAAAUUGAGCUAGCCGCACGUACUAUGAAGUUAUUACCAAAUGUUAAUGGUAAUAUAACAAAAAUAAGAAGAUUUCAAAUAUUAAAAAAUCUAGAAAAUACAGCAAAACUUGUAUAGUAUAAUAAAGUUUUUAAUUUCUUAGAAUACUGAUAAUGAUGAUCAUAAGUGCUUAUAAUUUAAAAAUAAGUAUUUGUUGAAAAUUAAAAAAUUAAUACUAUA